AUGGAAAUGACUUUACAUGUCAUUCUUACAUUAUUCAUGAUCUUGCAAAGAUUUGGCACAAACAGCAUUAACACCAGGAUGAUAAACUCUUCAAAUGUUACAUGUAUCCAAAGUGAGCGCCAAUCAUUGCUUGUAUUCAGACAAGGCCUCGUAGACGAAUCAAAUCGUCUGUCAACAUGGACCGGAGUAGAAUGUUGUGAAUGGCAUGGAGUUUGGUGUGACAGGAGAAACGGUCAUGUUGUGAAACUUGAUCUUCGAUCUCCAUUAUUUCCUUUCAAGUACGAUCAUACUUUAUACAGUCGCAUAGAUAUGAACACAAGCUAUUGGCUCCGAGGUGAGGUAAGUCCUUCGUUACUGAACUUGGAGCAUUUACGUUACUUAGACCUAAGUAUGAACAAUUUCUCGGGACAAAAUAUUCCUGAAUUCUUAGGGUCGUUCAAGUUUUUGGAAUAUCUUAACCUCUCUCACUCACGCUUUGUUGGAGUAGUCCCUCCUCAUCUAGGAAAUCUCUCAAGAUUACAAUAUCUUGAUCUUAGUCAAAAGAACGAUGUACUCCUAGAUAGAUACGGGGUAUUUCUUGGUUUUUUCAGCUCAUUGAUGGUUAAGGAUAAUUUGCGGUGGGUCUCCACCCUAUCGAUGUUAAAGCACUUGGAUUUAUCAGGAUUAGAUAUAGGUAACGAUAUUGAUUGGUUCCAUUCAGUUAACAUGUUACAUUCUUUGCUUACAUUGAACCUGGCCUCGUGUGGUAUCAAUAUCCCUUCCAUUAAAUUCAUCAAUUUCACAUCUCUUAAUUCACUUGAUCUCUCUUCAAACUAUAUCAAUUCUAUGAUUCCUGUUUGGUUAUCAAACCUGACUGGACUUAUGCAUCUAAACCUUCAUGAAAACGACUUCCGUGGCCAAGUUCCUGCUUUUAUUGGAACGUUGAGCUCUCUUGUUUUCAUAGACCUUUCUUCAAAUCAGUUUAAUACUUCUAAGCCGGAUUUCCUUUGGAAUUUGAGCAGCCUCGUUUCUCUGGAUCUUAGUCGCAAUAAGUUCCAUGGUCCAAUCCCGGCAGAUGUAAAACUUUGCAAUUUGAGCAUUCUUAACUUAUCAGGGAAUAAAUUUGUGGGCGACCUUUCAAAUUUUAUUGGAAAUCAGUGGUCAGAUUGCUUGCAUAACCGUUUAAAGUAUCUCAACCUUGGGGGAAACGAGUUUACUGGAAGCAUUCCGAGUAAGAUUGGUGAUUUUAAGAAGCUUGAACACCUUAUCCUUUCAAGUAAUGCAUUGUCUGGUCCUAUAUCUCCCUCACUUGGUGGUCUGUCAUAUCUAAUAGUGCUUGAUCUUUCUUAUAACCAGUUAAACGGGACCAUACCCGCAAGCUUUGGACAGCUCUCGCGACUUGAAAGUCUCUCUGUUUCUCAUAAUCAAUUGAUUGGGAACAUUCCCACUAGCCUUGGUCAACUUUCAAACCUCGAAACCCUUGAUGUCUCUGAUAACUCAUUGGCAGGGGUUCUUUCUGAAAUUCACUUCACAAAACUCAAUAAUCUUACUGACUUGGAUUUGUCUAAAAAUUCAUUAACGUUGAAUAUCAGCUCUGAUUGGAUUCCCCCUUUCCAAUUGCAUGGUUUUGAUGGAAGCUCCUGCAACUUAGGACCACAAUUCCCCAAUUUGAUUCGGACAUCAGUAAAUCUUGAUUGGUUAGGUCUUUCAAAUUCUAGUAUUAAAGAUACAAUACCAGAGUGGUUUGAUAGCAUCUCCUCUCAAAUUUCCAUCUUGGAUUUGUCCCACAACCAAAUCCAUGGAAAUCUACCGCGAUUUCAUGGCUACAAUACACACCUGAUAAAUCUGAAGUCAAACAAAUUUGAAGGAUCAAUCACUUCAUUCCCGAAAAAUGUAGGGGUGUUGGAUCUCUCAGAUAACUUACUCACCGGACAUGUUCCUCAUACUGAUGGAACAACGAACUCAGAUCUCUCUUUUGUUAAUCUCUCACAAAAUCGUUUGACAGGAAGCAUUCCAGCAGACAUAUGCAAGAUGAUUGAGAUCGGUGCUCUAGAUUUAUCCAAUAAUAGUUUAUCUGGUAUUCUUCCUGAUUGCUUCCAAAGCUUGGUUGGUAUGGAAGUGAUAGAUCUUUCAAAUAACAACAUAACGGGUGUUGUUCCAAGUUCGUUGGGUUCUCUAUCAUCUCUCCUGUCAUUGCACUUUCAGAACAACAAAUUUGAGGGGGAUCUCCCAACGUCAUUACAAAAUUUAACGAGUCUGGUCACCAUGGAUUUAGGAAACAAUUUAUUUACAGGUAGUAUUCCUCUAUGGAUGGGAGAAAAUCUGCCAAGUCUUCGAAUUCUGAAUCUCCAAUCAAAUAACUUUAUGGGCAAGCUACCGCCACACCUUUGUCAACUUAGCGCUCUUCAGGUUUUAAACUUGGCACAUAAUAAUAUAAUUGGUACUAUUCCUCAUUGCUUUGGAAAUUUAAGUGGCAUGAUCACAGAUCAGAAUGACUACUACUACUCCCAGUUUGACUACUAUGACAAAUACUUCAAGGGAACAAUAAAUUAUGAAGAAAAUAUUAUGGCUUCCACGAAGGGAAGUGAGUUGUUGUAUACUAAGACAACACGGUUUCUUACAUCUUUAGACAUCUCAAGCAACAACAUUACCGGAGAAAUCCCAGAUGUUUUGAUGCAUCUUGUGGGAUUGGAGAAUUUAAAUCUUUCUGGAAACUUGCUACAAGGCAAGAUUCCAAAGACAAUUGGAAAUCUAACGAAAAUUGAAUCUUUAGAUUUGUCAAUUAACAAGUUGUCUGGUCAGAUUCCCCAAAGUUUGACUAGCUUGACCUAUCUAAGCUACUUGAAUCUGUCGUUCAAUAACCUAUCUGGUUCAAUCCCGACAGGAAAUCAGUUGCAGACUCUAAAUGAAUCGUCUAUUUAUGAAGGGAAUAUCGGACUUUGUGGGCCUCCAUUAUCAAGGAGUUGCAAUGGCCGUAACGACUCAUUAUACAAUCAUGUUGAUGAGAGUGAAGGUCAAGAUGACAAUGAAGGCUUUUGGUUUUAUAUUGGCAUGGGCCCGGGUUUCGCUGCUGGAUUCAUCGGACUACUUGGUAGUUUGCACUUCAUUAGGAGUUGGAGGAUUACAUACUUUGAGACUCUUGAGAACGUGUAUGGUUGGUCAAUGGUACCAAUUCGAUCAAAAAUCACUCGGCUGAGAAAGAAGUUAUUCUAAAAGAGGUACCACUUUGCACUAGAGUCUAGAGGUGUUCAGAUGGGACAAAUACGGUGAAGUAGUUACUCCAUAAGAUAUGCUUGAUUAUUCUGUACUUUAUACUGUAACAAAAAGGAUGUUGUAGGAUGUUUAUUUCAACUUAUUUGCCAUUUUAAGAAAAAAUCCCAAUCUUGUUUGCACUAAUUUCCUGUGCUUCAUAGCAGAAAGUAUGUGGUUUACAGUCUAGAGUUGUUAAUUCAGUCAUUUUGACAAAUGUUUAUAUC